CAGCUCAUGCCAAAAAUGCACCAAAUACAAUUCAACUUUAUUAUUUUUUGUCACCAGUGUUGGGAUUUUGUGUAUGAAAAAUAUGAAUACGUUUUCCUUUGUUUCCUUCUGUGCAGUGGCGCUGGUGGUGCUGCUAUUUUCAGGUGAAACUCGCACGGCGGAAGCAGUGACAUGUGACGCCUCGCAGCUCAGCCCCUGCUUGGCGGCGAUCACGUCUUCAAAGCCUCCAUCAGCCACUUGUUGCAGCAAGCUGAAGGAGCAGCAGCCAUGCUUUUGUGGGUACCUUAAGAACCCAACUCUUAAACAGUUUGUCGACAAUCCCAACUCCAAAAGGGUUGCUAGCACUUGUGGAGUUGCAUAUCCUAAAUGUUAAAAAGUUUGCUUGAUUAAAAUAUCUAUUGGCAGCAUAGGAUUUUCUUGCUGUCAAGAACUGAUCUGAAUAAAUAAAUGAAUAAUGAUGAGAUGUGAUAAGAUAAGAUAAAAUUAAUGUAAUUAUAUAAAUUUUACUUGUUUAAGGUGGAAGAAAGCAGUGACUUUUAGUAUUUAUAUGUGCUCUGAUGAAUUAUAAUUAAUGUUUCUUGUGGAAAUAUGGUUUAUAUUUUCUUAUUUUUAU